AAUGUAAACAACAAAUAGCAAAUCAUAGUACUAUAAUUUUGUUCUCCUCUCUAUUUCCAAUUGCACCAAAAAUUAUGAGAGGCUCUCAUUUCCUCCAACUCUUUUCAUUCAUCGUCCUCGUUCUCCCCAUUCGGACACUCGGUGACGAUCCUUGUAAAGAAGCGUUUUGUGGACAAGGAACAUGUGCGCCCUCGGCCUUGGGUACCAAUUAUACUUGCACGUGUAAGCUUGGAUGGAAGCAAGCUUUUGAUGCACGUGCUUGUAUUUUACCAAUUUGCUCUAUAGACUUCGAGUGCGGGAACAAUGCGCCGCCGCCGCAGCCGCUGCCACCGCCGCCGCCUGGUUUCACACUUCCACCAUUUCUUGAUCCUUUGAGCGGAUGUUUUUUGAUAUGGUGUAAUGAGGGUACAUGCCUUUCCAAUGGAACGAAGCAUACUUGUGAAUGCAACAGUGGAUCAAGCAAUUUGCUCAACCUUCCUGACUAUCCAUGCUUCAAGAAAUGUAGCAUCGGAUUAGAUUGUAAUAGCCCACCGGCAUCACCACCACCACCAAAUGGGUCAGAUAAAAUUUUGAAGAGAUGGAGCAAUAUUGUGGUUUCAUUAUCUACAAUCAUUUUGGCGUGGAUCAUGCAUGAAUGAAAAGGAUAGAUUUAUUAUAAUACGGUCUCAUAAAUAGAUUUGUAUAAUGGAAUGGUAUAAAUAAAAUUUUGAAGAUAUUUCUAGACAAUAUUAAUAUUUCUUGUUAGAACCUUAUCGAUGUCUCGUCAAUAAACCUAUAUAAUUGU